ACAAGAAGUCAGAAUAUAACCGUCGCCCGCAAAAAUAUUCCACAGCCCAAAGAGCCGCAACGGAGUGACGGAACUUCACUCUCUCUCUCUUUCCUGCACUCAUUUUUUCUGAGAUUAGGAAUGUCGAUUCUGGCAACCUUACCAGGAUUAUUCAAUCGUUUCUCUUCAAUGCCUUCAAACCCUGGCAUUAAUGAGCCCAAUGCCUCAAUACCUCCGUCCCUUCCAAUUCCAAUCCCUAAAUACCCCAAAGUCGUAAAAUCCCGAAGAACGCAGAAACCACUUUCCCAAUCCGAACAGCCUUCACAUAAUUCUUCAAAUCCUGCUUUCAAAUCCGUUCAUCGACGGACAAAGUAUCACAAGCCCGUCUCUGACGGAGUAAUUGCAUCAGACGGUGAUCGCGCCGUUGUCGUUGGAGAGUCUGGAGUAUCUUAUCUCCUCCCAGGAGCUCCAUUCGAGUUUCAAUUCAGCUACUCAGAGACGCCCAAGGUUAAGCCCUUGGCCAUCCGAGAACCUGCUUUCUUACCAUUUGCUCCUCAAACUAUGCCAAGGCCGUGGACCGGAAAGGCUCCAUUGAAGGAAAAGAAGAAGAAAAUCCCACUGUUUGAUUCAUUUAAUCCACCACCCCCGGAAACGAAGGGGGUGAAGCAUCUAGAAAUGCCGAGGCCUUUUGUUCUCGGAGAGUUCCCAAAAGAAGGGAAAACGAGGGAGGAGAUACUAGGGAAGCCUCUAACCAAAGCGGAGGUUCGAGCACUUGUUAAGCCUCUAUUGUCUCAUAAUCGCCAAGUCAAUCUUGGAAGAGAUGGAUUAACCCAUAACAUGUUAGAGUUGAUUCAUUCCCAUUGGAGGCGGCAGCCUGUUUGUAAGGUCCGAUGCAGAGGUGUUCCGACUGUUGAUAUGCGGAACGUUUGCCACCAUCUUGAGGAAAAAGCUGGGGGCAAGAUCAUACAUCAAGUUGGUGGUGUCAUUUAUCUUUUUCGUGGUAGAAAUUAUGACCAUCAAACUCGUCCAAGAUACCCAAUAAUGCUUUGGAAGCCAGCUACUCCUGUUUAUCCAAAACUUAUCCAGGAAGCUCCAGAAGGACUGACAAAACUGGAAGCAGAUGACUUGCGAGCAAAAGGAAAGAGUCUUCUGCCAAUAUGUAAACUAGCAAAAAAUGGAGUGUACAUUAACCUUGUAAAGGAUGUUAGAAAUGCUUUUGAAGAAAGCACUUUGGUUAAGAUCGAUUGUACAGGAAUGCAUGCAAGUGAUUAUAAAAAGAUAGGUGCCAAACUUAAGGAAUUGGUUCCUUGUGUUCUACUGUCCUUCGAUGAUGAGCAGAUUUUGAUGUGGAGGGGCAGAUAUUGGAAAUCAAUGUCUGCAGAUCACAGCACUGGCAGUGGUAUCUCAUCUGGUUUGGAUUGUACUGGCAAGGUGGAGGAUGCAAGACCAGUUGAUCGUAAAACAGAGAUAUCAAGCCAUAGAAUGAUGUCCUUGUGGAAGCAGGCAAUAGAGUCGGGGAAGGCAAUUAUGCUGGAUGAUAUUGAUGUUGGUCCCGAUGCUCUUCUGGACAAAGUUGAGGCAUUUUCUUGCACCUCACAGGCCACAGAACACUCAUAUUCAGCAUUGGUUUUUUCUACUGGAGAUACUAGUGGCAUGGAAGCAGCGAAUGCAGAUGGAGUAGAGGCAGAUGCUGUCAGAAGUGAUGAUUUUGAUGAGGAUAACUUUGGUGGUGAGGGAGAAGAUGAGGAUUAUUUUAGUGACUCGUUUGAAGAGGAAUCCAUUCCUUUAGGAUCAUUACCUGUUGAUUCAAUUACUGAGCGAUUCCUUUGAUGAUUAAAUGUGCAAAUAAAGUUUUCUUUUUGCUUGUGCAUCAUGUAUGUUAAGCAUGCUUUUUGCUAAGAUCUUGGAAAUUGGAAUACAGUUGUACAAAAUGAUAAAUACGAGUUUGGGGAUUGUGAUUAUAAAUACAAAUGUAAGGUUUAGAAAUGCAA